AUGAAGACGACGACGCCGCUGAUCUUUGCGCUGGCAUGCUGCGUCCAGUACGGCGCGAGCCAAGACGCGCUGCAGUACGACUGCGACCAAGGCUCGGUCGCGCUCGGCUUUGGCCCGAUCAUUGGCAACCUCAACGACUGCGCGGAUGCGUCGGGCUACAAGUUUGUGCCGGUGCCCAAGACCCGCCCGACCCAAGAGCAGCUCAGUGCGUUCUGCUCCGUGCCCGCCUGCGCAAGCGUGGCCCAAAAGUACACCUCGAUCCGCCUGCCGGCGUGCGCGUUCGACCUCGACGGCCAGCGCGUUAUCGCCAAGGACUUCUUCAGCACGCUCUGCACGCAGUACGCCAACCUGACGGCCCCGCCGACAGUGGCGCCAACGCCCGCACCCGUGACGUCGACCAAGGCGCCGGCGGCCGGUGGCUCGACGACGACGACGACGUCGGCCGCGACGACUGCGUCGGUCGUGUCGGUGGUCUCGGCGGCGCUGUUUGCGGCCCUUCUGUAG